GAAACCAAAACACUUUUCAGAGCUAGGGUCCAUUUUUCCUGGAAAUAAAUUGAAUGAUAUUAAAAUCGGUAUUUUUUUUCCAAGGAUAUACUCGUGGUUACGUAAGGAAAUCGUCAAAGAAAUCUUAUGAAUGUGAAGUAAUAUUGGCAUUCGGUAUCACUAAGCCCAAAAGCAUCUCAACUGCGCCAGACAGUGUGAUAGUGUGGAGACUGGGACAAGGGAACUGGUUCUCUCUUAGAGCUCAGUCUUGGUAACCCAAAAGCAGCGUCCAGAGUUGGGGCGAAAUGGAUUAAUCCGCCCGAGCGACAGGGCGACGGCUCCUCUACCCUGGUCGAAUUAGAAUUUAGAGAUGCUGGUUUUCUGGAUGGAAAAAAGCCGGAAAACCCGGAGCAAAACCCUCGGAGCAAGGCAAUAACCAACAACAAACUCAACUCACAUACCGGGCUGGAAUCAAACCCGGGCAACAUUGGUGGGAGGCGACGCGCAUCACUACUGCGGCGGCCAUCCAUGCCGCGCCAUCCCUGCUAUUAAAAAUUUACCUUUAUUCCUAUUACUGUUAAAAUAAACAAAAAAAAAACAAUAACAAUAAUCGUGCAAGAUUGACAACCUUUGUCCUAGCUGCUUAACAUUCCAACACAAAGCAUUUCGUGAUCUGUUUCCUGGUUACAUUCGUUUAAUUCAGUGGACGUAUUUGCAAUGCACAUUCUUUGAGAUCGGAUUGCAAACAGUAGGCACGAUUACUUUCGCGACCGUACUAAGCGUACCGCUAAGACUUAGUUCGCGAAAUGGCGUCGUCUGAAAAGCAAAUGAUCCCUUUAGAAGAUAUCUCUCUGACUAAUGAAGACUUACCGGACAUCCACCAAUCCUCGACUAGAGAUUUGGUUGAUGUCAAGCUUCCCUCAAGACCUCGACGAAAAGUUGUGAUCAUAGCGGGUGUUAUUGCUGUGCUUAUAGUUCUCGCUGUCGCAGGAUCCCUGAUUGGAAAAUACGUUCCAAAGUACCUGAGCGAGGCAAAUAACAAAUCUGAGAAAGGCUCGAAAGACAAAGGUACUGGAGAGCCAAAAGGAAUCUUUCCCUCAUCUUCUUCGAGCGCUGAGAAAGGCUCGAAAGACAAAGGUACUGGAGAGCCAAAAGGAAUCUUUCCCUCAUCUUCUUCGAGCGGUAAGUGUUUCAUAGAAUCAUACUUUGCGGAAGUAUAUGUACUCAGUUCGUUUGUUAACACUAGGAAAGAACGUGAGCAAAGGGGGAAUUGAAACCGCAUGCAACUUGAUCUAGUGUAAAUGUUUCCGCGUUUUGCUGAUUAAAUUCGAUACCGUAUUUUCUUGAUCAAAACGCCGGGUUCGUCUCUCAAGUAAAUUUGCAAAAAGGCCCUCAAGAAAUUUAUUAUAUUCCGGAGGUGUUAUAAACGUUAAGUAUAUUUUUUUAUGAGGUAUAUGGCUCUCAAAUGUAUCAGUAAAAACUCUCAUAAACUCCACCCUCGAAUAAACUGCAAAAGGCACUGAAAUAAACGCUGGAUAAAAGAAGGCAAGUUUGAACUAAAAUGCAAUGGCAUUUAAUGGAGAAAA